GCUCCCGUCAACUGGAGCAUAGUCUGGCCAAUUGUCCAACUGCUACUUUUUGAAGUCGAUUACCUUCAACAUGAGAAAAUGCCUCCCACCCCGUCAGAAACAUUAGGACAGCUUUUCCUAGAUUGGCUCUAUGCGCCCACAACCACCAAUACUUGA